GCGGAAUCCAGUCGGGCCCGCGCCUUGCGACGACCUCCAACAUCCCGCCCGCGUCGACGCUCGCGACCAUGCCGAGAACGACACCCAGCGCGGGGACACAACCUCGCAAAACCGCCGCAGAGUCUCGACGCGACAACAGACGACUCACCAUCGACGCCAUGUUUGCGCGCCAGUCGUCUCAAUCCGCCCCUUCUUCCUCCCCUCCUGGCCCGUCGCAGCGCGAUAGCAGGCUCGUUUUGACGGCUCCGCGUUCGAACAAACUGGCGCCAGCACCCCUACUGACAUCAAGAACGCGUUCUUCUUUGUCUCGCUCCCACACCAGUGCGACCCCGCACCCUCCAGAGAAUAUCCAAGCUUCAGGUCACCCACCAUCCCAUACACCCGGUCCAGAGACCACGUCUGCGAUGCGAACGCGCUCUAGUGGCAAGAAGCAAGACGACUCGCUCGUUGACACCGUUCUCAGCGCCAGGGAGCUCUCAGCCUCAGCCACAACCGCGUCGCGCAAAGCGAAGACCGGCGUUGACUCACCCUCCCAGGCGUCAAAGCAGACAAACUCGGGUCAAAGUAUGGGUAUGUCUUCUCCGACAAAAAGUAAGGCCUCUCGUAAAAGAGCGCUCCCUGCGGAGAGUGACCGAGAAGAAACUGCGACGCUCCUGUACUGCGUACCGACGCAACCGCCAUCAACAACUCAAAUUCAAACUUCGCCACGGAAAUCUGCGCGUCCGUCUGUGACGAAGCCUCUGGCGCCGAAAGGCAACAUACUACCGUCGCCUUCCGACAGUGGCUCCAGCAGGAAACGGGCUCGCCUUGCGCCUCCGGAGGAGCAAUGUGGUGUGCAGCCAGAGAACCUAUCUCAAGUUACUGACGCCUACGAGGUCAUUCCUUCGAGUCAGUCGGAUGAACACGAAUUGACCAUGCCAAAGGCCACUAGGAAGGAUCCCGUAGCCGUGAAAAAGGCGGUCGACCAGUGGAGGAAGGAGGCUGAGCCUUCCGUACCAUUGCCGGAGGAGCCUGCUGUCUGCCCCUCCGCUGAGGUCGACGUGCCUAUGGAUAUCGACAUACCCGAAUAUGCUCCAGAGAGUCCACUCUCUAGCAUCCCGACAGGUCUACAGACUCCAAGGUCGGAACCUGAUACACGGGCGUCGUCACCUCUCCCUUACACCCUAUCCUCUCCAUCGUCGUGUCACACAGCGGGAGCAAUACCUGUCCCUAUGGCCACGUCUUCACCCUCUUCACUCGCGCGGGCCACGCCUACAUCCCUUAUGUCACGCCCUGUAGCGCCGCCACCGGAUGAGCAUACAACAUCCCUGCUAGCGACUCCUGUCGCUCUGAACGAGGAAUCGAAGACGGCCCAGAUAAUUGCCGAAAUCAAAGCAAGGGCGUACGCGAUCGGGUCAUCAAGCCCUGGCAACGUCCCUGUCGAGUUGAAGGAGCUUGGGUACGCCGAAUCUAGUAGCGACGAGUCUGAAGAAGAUUUCAUGGCGGCGUUCAACAAGCUGGGCAAGGGCAAGGGCAAGUCCCGCGCGUCAUUGUCCGGCAUAGCCAAGAACACUGCUUCCACUUUGCCCGAGUCAAGUUCAGGGACAUCGCGGUACGGUCUUCGCCGAAAGGCCCCUGGAACGGAACGCGUCGCAGAAAGCAGGCGAAUGCCUACCCUCGUUAGCACUAGCCGCAAGGGGGCAAAGCAAUCGCGCAAAGCAGAUCCUCUCGAGGCACUUCUCAAAGAAAAGCAACGCGCUGACAAACGGGGCGCAGGCGCGGAAGCUCUACGUGCUGCCGAGGCGGCCAUUGCUUCUUCUUCCAAAGAGGCGAAAGCUAAGGCGAAGGCGAGCAUGAAGCGCGAGAUGGACGAAGAGGACUCCUCGGACAUGGACCCUGCGUGGGCGGACGAGCGCGCUGCGUUGGACGUGGUGAAGAAGGGCUCGCGGCGGUUCAAGUCGCAGUCGUCCAGCCCGCCGCUUGGCUUUGACUGGGACGACGAUAGCGAUGAUGGGAGUGACGAGGAGCUGAGCGCCGUACGCCAGCGUGCCCUAGAAGACCUCGAUGAAGAGGGCAGGCAGAAGGUCGGACAUAUCCUGGCUGGCAAUCGUCUGCUCAGGGAGGCUAUGAGCAAGGUAAAACUGAGGGACCGUAUCUUGGGCGUGCCUUUUUGGGACGACACGCCAGCUGGUGGAGAUGACGGCAUGGAUAUUGACAGUCUGCCUGUGCUAUCCUUUGACGAAGCCGACGUUCAAGCGCACCCUCUGCUCGGAAUGUUGCAGAAUGCCGCGGGUCAGGAAGAUGCUGCUCGAUUGAGUAUGCUCUUACACUCAAGUAUCCUCUCGACGUUGCAGCUUUCGCAUGCUGCAGCACUCGUCCCAUGGCUGUAUGCUCUGGUGACCGACGUCGUCGACCGGCCGUACACCGAACUUGCCUAUCAUGGUCUCUUGCAUCUCAUUAACACGGUGUCGCAAGCUAUCUCUCAAUCAGGCUUCUCUGCUGCUCUCGUGGCGGAUACACUCGUCCGUCUCGGUGCGAAGCGGAGUGCCUGUGAGGAGCUCGGGCGACGACCCACUGCAGGACGCAUCCCUUCGGUCGACGCUCGUCAGAGGGAACAUAUACUCUACCGCGUAGUCUCAGUCAUUACGGCCUUUGCUAGGGAGAGCGCUCUUCCCUGUGAUGACAUGCCGAGCAUUGUGCUCUUGUUGGUCGUUGUCGCGCUAGACAAGUCGACGUCCGCUGAACUAGGAAGAGACAUCAUGGUAGCCAUUGGGACGAUCGGUCAAAAUAUCCCUGAGACCAACGAGGGCUUGCAGAUUGAGGCCGCCAUCCGCUCGCGCCUAGUGGGGUUCGCCAGGGACCAGGCCCCCCUGAACCAAGCCCACAUACUUACCUUCGUAUCCGGAGGAUGUGUGCAGACAAGCCGUAUUGCGCGGAAUGUCGCUCGUGCGCUCCUGCUCAAGGAGGAGACGUACACCUCGCUGCCCUCUCUCGGCCCCAUCGUCGACUUACUCUCCCCGCCAGCUGGCUCCGGCGGCAUCUUCGACAUCCAGGGGAACACGGACAAGGUGGACUACUACGAGGACCUCUGCUGCCACAUCGACGUUCUCAGCAAGGCAUUGACGGACGUCCCUGGCUACACCGCGCUCGAGAAGGAGGCCAUGACGGGCCUUACGCUGCCGUCCAUUCAGGGCGAGGACUCCCCGAAGAAGAGCGCCGCCGCGGAAAGGGAGCCGACGCACCUGGAGCAAAUCAAGAUGCUGCUGGACAGCCUCCAUGGGCGGAUCGUCGACACCCGCGCGGCGUUCCUCGACCGCUCGCGCGCGAAGGCGGCGCUCCAGCGGUUGUCGCUGAGGAUGCAUUAUCAGCGCGUCGCGAGCCUCCGUUCGGGCUCUGGGACGGGCAAGCCGAGGAAUCUGCGCAAUUACUUUGCGCAUCCUAAGGCCGUCGUGUAGUACAGUGUUAACAUCGGUUUCAAGUUUCUUUGCGUCUAGAAUGCUUUCUUUGCUAGAAUGAGUAAAUGUAUACCUCCUCGUCGUUGUUACAGUCUGUUACAUCAGUAGUUGCUCCGGUGUCUGAGUCCGGUUAAUCCUGUCGUACAGUCUCGGUAGUCUUGUUUACUCUCUUGCGCAUGUAAUGCUUCGGUGUACAUUCCAGUGAUUUAAUUGACCAGUCUGACUCAC